GUAUGAAUUCUGGAUUCGAAGACUGUUCAAUUCUGGACAGUUUAUUAACAAAGAACAGGAACAACAUCGAAAAAACUAUCAGAGAGUUCAGUCGGCACCGCGUAGAUGAUGGACACGCUAUUUGCGAUUUGGCUAUGUACAAUUACAUUGAAAUGCGAGACCUAGUGAACAAAAUCUCCUAUCGCUUACGGAAGAAAGUAGAUACCUUCUUAUUUAAUUUUUUUCCCACCAUGUGGAUACCACUUUACACCGCUGUCAGUUUUUCUCACAUGGAUUACAAUCAAUGCAGACUCAAUCGAAAAUGGCAAGAUAAUGUAAUGCAGUUCAUAUUCAUCGCGUUUGGAAUAAUCGUUUCAGCAACAUUAUAUCUCGUAACGAAAAGAUUCUGGUAACUAAGAAUAGAUCUGAUGGGUUUGUGGGGAAUCUUGUUUAUGGAAGAAGUAAACAUUAUCCUUCUUGUAUUGGUCGCACUAAUCGAUUUGUCACAUAUAUUUUCACCUCAUACAAAACCGCAGUAUCGAUAUCUACAACGACAUAAUGUUGAUAGAGAAUUUGUUAUUUUCUUCUGCAAGUUUCAGAGACGAAGAAAAAUCUGAAAAAUCAUAUUAUGUUUUCAAAUCACAAUCAAUUUAUUUCGCUUGUUAUUUUUUACUGGGUGUACAAUACCAUAUUACUAAAUAUUUCACUGCCACGUAUUCACUUCUUUCUGUAUUGGAAAGAAAUUAAAUUUUAUUCAAUAAGAAUUAACUCUUAUUUAUCAUUCUUUCAACCAAAAUAAUUUAUCCAAUGGAUAGUGAAACAUUCAUUAUGUCAAUUCCAUUUGAGAAUGUUGUCUACAUUGCCACCAGAUAAA